UUGAAAAAUCGAACCAAAACCAUUCCACACAGAUUUUCGAUUAUAGCUUUGAUUGCUGAACCUACCCUUUUCGUUAACAGCGAAGUAGAUUUAAUGCUGAGUAUCCAUAAAUGCAUCACCAGUAGAUCCCAGUAGAUCUCUCACUCGCUAUCUCCAAAUAGGGGGACAGUGAGACACCCAAACUCCAUAGCUCCGUAGUGACAUAGAUUGCAUUGACAGAGAAACAAGCAGAAAUGUCAAGGAGAUCAGGGGCUUGCUUGAGAUGUUGUUUGGUCAUAUUUGCAGUAAUUUCAGCUUUGGCUGUGUGUGGCCCUGCUCUUUAUUGGAGAUUUAAGAAAACCAUUCGACUCUCUGGUUCUAAAAUUUCUUGUCCUCCUUGCAUCUGUGAUUGCCCUCCUCCUUUGUCCCUUCUCAAGAUUGCUCCUGGGUUAGCCAAUCUGUCAGUCACAGAUUGUGGAAGUGAUGACCCUGAUCUCAAAAGGGAGAUGGAGAAGCAGUUUGUCGACCUUCUAACGGAGGAGUUGAAAUUGCAAGAGGCUGUUGCUGAAGAACAUAUUCAUCACAUGAACGUCACUUUUGCUGAAGCAAAGCGGGUGGCUUCCCAAUACCAAAGAGAAGCAGAAAAAUGUAAUGCUGCCACCGAAACAUGUGAAGAAGCUAGGGAGCAGGCCGAGGCAUUGCUGAUCAGGGAGAGGAAAAUUACUUCCUUAUGGGAGCAACGGGCUCGCCAACUCGGUUGGGAAGGAGAAUAAUUGUUACAUUAAGUGGUGUAUAUUUUUCCUUUCAGUCGAACCAGGGGAAUCACAGCAAGUAUUUAUAUGGGAGGCAAGCAGCUUGUUUGUGUUAUCUUGCCAAGGCAAAAUUCUCUCUCAAAUUGUGUGUGUUCUGAAGGCAAGCAAACGAUACAUGUAUUCAUGACAUGUUUUAAGUCUGUCAGCUCAAGCAGCUUCCCAUGCGUUGUAUUUUGUUUUGGUACAAUUAGUAUUGACUCUUUUAACGAGAGAGUAAUUUGAU